UCCGAUGGUUAUUGACUUCCUGUACAAGAAAUCGAAGUUGUGGAUAUCCGAUUCCGAGUACAAUAUGCAAGUAGCACCUUCGUGAUAUCACCAUUGUAUGGGAGUCGCACAUGGUCAUGAUGAACCUUAUCAACUGAAACAAAGAAACCAAACAUGAGCAAGAAGUUUGGUGGCCCACCUCCCAGAUGGGUCAACUGUCCCCGGAAAGGAACACUUAUACAUUGUACACAAAGUUUUUACCAUUCAAAACUAUGCUUGAUGAUAAGUAUGAUGAGCAGAUACCUGAAUACAGCCGGUUCAGCCCAGAUCUUCUCUUUGCCUCCUUAAAAAACAUGAAAUUGAAGAUGGGCCUGCUGAUCGACCUGACAAACACGAACAGAUUCUACAAUAAAGAUGAGAUAGAGAAGAAUCACGACUGUAAAUAUGUUAAACUCCAGUGUAGGGGUCACGGAGAAACACCUGCUAGUGAACAAGUGGAUGCUUUCAACAACCUGUGUCACCAUUUUAUAUCUCAAAAACCACUGGAAAUCAUUGGUGUACACUGUACUCAUGGCUUCAACAGGACGGGCUUCCUCAUCUCCGCUUACCUGGUGGAAAAAUUAUCCUGGAGUAUAGAGGCAGCAGUGGCUACAUUCGCCCAGGCGCGACCGCCGGGUAUCUAUAAACAAGACUACCUGGAGGAGUUGUUUACUCGGUACGGCGAGAAGGAGGACACGCCCCCUGCCCCCAUCCUACCAGAUUGGUGUGAUGAAUCUGAUGAUCAGGAUGACAAUGGAAAUGCUAUAAACGGAGAGAAUUCAGCACAGGGCGGAGGGUUUAAAGGACGGCGAAGAGAAUUCGUCAAAAAGGAUGCCAAGUUUAUGGAGGGCGUAAAAGGCGUAUCUCAGCUACGUUUACAGCCCAAGCUAGCCGAGGUUCAGCGACGCUGCCAGGUCAUGUGUGGAUGGAACAGUUCUGGCUUUCCUGGUUCACAGCCGGUUUCCAUGGAUAUAAAAAACCUGGCAUUUGUCCAGAAAAAGCCAUACAAAGUCAGCUGGAAGGCUGACGGAACAAGAUACAUGAUGCUGAUAGACGGGAAGAAUGAGGUGUUUAUGUUUGACCGAGACAAUACCGUAUUUCAUGUUCCGAAUCUCGAGUUUCCACGCCGAAAAGACCCGAAGAUGAGCAUCAAAGACAGUCUGCUGGACGGGGAAAUGAUAUUAGACAAGAUUGAUGGGAGGACCGUCCCAAGAUACCUGGUGUAUGAUAUUGUGAAAUUUGAGGGAAAUGAGGUUGGAAAGACGAGUUUUAAUACCCGAUUACACUGUAUAGAGAAGGAAAUCAUUGGUCCACGUUACGCAAAAAUGGCUCAAGGGCAGUUAGACAAGAAUAAGGAGCCCUUCAGUAUCCGGGCGAAACCUUUCUGGGAUGUCACUGUGUGUAGGAAGAUACUUGAUGGACAUUUCUCAAAACAAGUCAGCCAUGAGGUGGACGGUCUAGUCUUCCAGCCUGUACCCGAUCCCUAUUGUGCGGGACGAUGCAUGGAAGUGUUAAAAUGGAAACCUCCAGAUCAAAACUCCAUCGACUUUAAACUGAAGGUUGUAAAGGAGAAACGUGAAGGGAUGCUGGCCGAGAACAAGGCCUAUCUGUAUGUACUGGGACUGGAGCCUCCGAUGGCUAUGAUGAGGUAUACAAAGAACAUCAAGGACCUAGAUGGUAAAAUUAUUGAGUGUUCAUGGGACGGAAAAGACUGGAAGUUCAUGAGGCAGCGUAUCGAUAAAUCUCACCCCAACAGCUACAACACAGCUAUGGGAGUUUGGCAGAGUAUACAGACACCAGUGACAAAAGACAUUUUAUUCAGUGCUGUGGAACACUUACCGAGUCAUUUAACAAAAUCUGAACAUAAACGACCCCCAGGCAGUGAUGGUAGUGACAGAGACCUUAUGCCUCCGCCUAUUAAACAAGCCAGACGCGACGUGACAUGAAAGUGCUCCGUACUGGUGUGACGCGACGCGACAUGACAGUGCUCCGUACUGGUGUGACGCGACGCGAUAUGACAGUGCUCCGUACUGGUGUGACGCGACGCGACAUGACAGUGCUCCGUACUGGUAUAACAUAUUUUUGAAUGAUGCUGCACAGUUUAUUGAAGGUUAAAAUGAUGUCUCUUGUCUUGGUGAAGUUUAGCUGUGAUGCUGUUAUACGUACAGCGAUGUGCUAUGAACGACAUGUCACUCAUGGUCUCUCUUAAAAGCUGGGGACGAAACCUUCCCUAUACAAAAACAUCUGGAAUGUGUAUAGACUUCAAUUUUUCUUGCCAACAUAGUGAAACAUAGAUUCAUCCCUGUUUCUCCACAGACCAAUCUCAAACCAUUAAUAUUUUCUAUUUAUGGAAAAUGCCGCCUUUGAAGCAAUGUCGUGCCAUGGAUUCAAUUCACAGGAGAUGUUAAACACAAUUUGAUUGGUCAAUGAAUAUAAUUUAUGACAACAUAUUAUACAUCUGCAAAUUGUCGUUAUAAGAAGACUGUAUGUAAUGACUUCAAUGACCCAGACUUUGAAAUGUAAUGAAAAUCAUGCCAUGAACAAAAGAGUAAUUAAUAUCUUACGGGUUAGUGAAUGUUCCUAGGCGGAAUUAACACAAUUUCUGAAAAAAUGCUUAAAAUAGAAACCAUAAAAAAAAUCCUGUUUUGGCUUUCUGAAGUAUAAUAAAGAAUGAGAAUAGCCAGACUGAUGGCUGUAUGUCUUUAUUUUACUGUCACAAUAUCUGGUUUACCAGUAAACUCUAUUUCUGGCAGCAUUAUCACUACCGGUAUAUAACGGUGCAAAUCACAAUUAAAAAAAGGCCCCCCCUCUCCCCCGUAGUAUAAAUUGUUCUUUGACCGUCUGUUCCAAAAGUACUGUUGAAGUUAUUAUACCAUCCAAUGUCCAAUGUUGUUACGAGUGUAAGUUCAAAGAUACCCAUUGGCAUUGAGACCGUCUGCUCAAACAAGAGUUUUAACAGCAAAACCAUAAAUAUCAUUGUACAGGCUCAAUAACAGUUAUUGAUUUAGAGGCAAUAUUAAUCAAUAAGAAAUAUUUUUCUUAAGUUGGACUACAAAAUGUUUCCUUUUUGGUUUAACCAAACAUUAUUGUGAGAAUCUGUUUCUGGUUUCUGAUACCACAGAAUAUGAAUUUGAAUAAAUGAAUAUUGAAGAAAAAUCAAGUGCAGAAAUUAAAAAGAAGAAAAUGUCCUUCCAUCUCCUAUGAAUAUAUUCUCUUGGUGAAAGGAUUGCUGAAUGAAUCUCAGAUUUGACAAAGUAACAUUUUGAAACGUUCCACCUGACUAGAGAAAGUAAGUUUCUCUCUAUUUCUCCAUUAUUUCUAUUACUUAUUAAUACAUGACAUGUUUGACAAAAUGUUUGGUAUUUGACAAAUGGUUUUGCAUUUGACAAAUGGUUUGGUAUUUGACAGACGGUUAGGUAUUUGACAGACUGAUUUGGUAUUUGACAAAUGAUUUGGUAUUUGACAAAUGGUUUGGUGUUUGGUUUCCUUUUUAAGAUGAAGACCCCAAGCCUGUCUUCUUGUCCUUGAUAGCUUACAAUAUUAAUAUCAAAGAAUAUUUUUGUACCGUACUCUCUGCAAAAAAUGUCUACUUAUACCAGUUUGUAGCUCCAACAUAUCAAUCGUAUUGGCCAAGCAUCUUGAUGUGGGCUUGGAUAGCACACUGACAAUUCGUGUACAUAUUACAUUAAUAAUGUAAUAUGUACACGAAUUGUAAGUGUGCUAUCCAUGAUUAUUAUUAGGUCAUCUGACCCGACCUGAAAGGUCAGGAUGACAUAUAAUCGUCAUCUUACUUGUACAAUACAUCAGUUGAUGUUUAAACUAUGUAGAGUUAUGUCUUACAUGUAAACUUUAUUUAUUUUACAACAAUUGCGAGACAAGUUAUAUUAACUUAUAUUAAUCACGCUUGUUGGCCCGGAUGGAAGUGCGCGAGGGGUCUUACUGUGGGAGGAAACUGGAGUACCCGGGGAAAACCCACGUGGUCGGGCAGGUGACCCCAAACCUUUUCACGUCCGAUCGGGGAAUGGAACCCCGGCCGCCUAGGUGAAAGGCAAGUGUGUUACCACUGUGCCACCCGACCAGUUCAUGCCUUGUUCCAGAAUCCAGUCUCAUGUCAGUCUACAUCACUAAAACUGAACAAGUUUUGUGUAUCUUCUUGAUUGGUUCUAUAUUUAACUUUAGUGAUUACAGAUUGGGCGUCGUAGGUUUUUAUUUAUAACCCUGACAUUCUGUUCCACUAAAUUUGUAGUUACGAACGAAUCGUCAAUUAGGGACUUUUCUCGUAUGUACUAGACUCUCUUGCUUCGUCUGAUAUGGCAUUUUACAUCACAAUUGAAAUGAUUUCAUAUUUAAUUGUUUUUCUUACAUAUAACCUACAAGAGGUAACUUGAUCAGAUUAAAGAAUUUGAAAAUACAGGGUAAUGUUUCACAAAUUUUGGCCAUGAUUAAAACCAGGUAGGCUUGGAAAUAAAGAUGUUUUACUAAGCCAUGAUUCAGAAAUAACUGUUCAUAUAUUUUUACACAACAUUAAUUCUGUACAAAAAAUAAUUAAUUACCAUUACUAGUUUCUGCCGAAGUCACAUUGGAACAAUAUGGCCAUCACAAUGUCAUAGUCUGACUAUCCAGCAGAAAAUCUUACUUAAAUUUCUAAUGAUACCAGCAAGUGCAAAAGUGAAUAGGGUAAUGUACAGAUCAAAAAUUAUAUUUAUUUUUGGUUAAUGUAAUCACCUGGGCCGUUUUUGUGGUCCAAAUGGAUGGACCAGUUAGACAGAUGUUGUUCGUUUAUGAAAUAAAGAUGGACCUGAUGAUUUUAUAUUGUUUUCAGACGAGCCUUGACUAAGACUCCCAAGGCCUGUAUUAACAUUUGCAGGUCCGUCAAGAUAUAUGUUUGAAAUAUUAUAUUUAAAAACUGACGAACCUGUUUGUCCGCAUAAACAAAUGGGCCCCUGUUUUAUAGGUUAAGACAGACACUGAUCCCGUAAUGUCAUAUUUAUUGUAAAUUAUUGCUGUCGCUAGGAAAGAUAAAGUGUUGUCAGGACUUGUGUAUUAUAAUGAAAUACAUAGAUGUGCUCGAUAAAACUUGGAUUAAAAUGUAAUUGAUUUGUGAACAUAGUGAUGUUCAUGUGUUACAUUGAUGUUUCCUGGUAAACAUGAAAAUACUUCAACAUUAAAGAUAAUUUGUCGGAUCUGA